CACUCUCAGUGCUGUACUACAAUCUACUUUGUAACCUCCUUAUCGUCUGAAGGCUUCCAGAACUUUUCUAGAAAGAAAUUCUCUGGUCAGACUAUCCAGACAUUGCCCAUAAACAUCACGCCAUAUCGUUUCUUGACCCUUUGCUUAAUCACACUCGUAUCGUAAGGACACCAUGGCCUUAUGAAUGACUCAACAACAGAUGCUACUUCUAUGAUUGAUUGCUAUUCGUCGAAACGAAGAAUCCUUUGAGCUUUGAUUCUAUUUCUCAGGCAACAGCUUAAUUUAUGAAUUGGCAUACACCAUAUGCCCUCACUUCAGAUGUUAAACAUCAACACCCUAGCGCACCUCAGUCACGACAUUCCAGAAUCUCCCGAAACCAUGGUUCCGACCUCCAGACAUCGUUCGAGAAGACGCUCUAGUCGACUCUCCAGUCUCACCGGGUCGCCCUCGCUAUCAUUCAUGAUCCUUAUCGUCUUCACAUGCGGGCUCGCUCUGGUCCGUCCCGCGCAAACAUGCGCUUUCGACCGGACGAUCCCUCCCACCAUCGGAAUUAGCUUCGGAAACACUUAUUCCUCUGUUGUAUAUGAUGUAAAUAAGACAACCACAUACGUCCCCGACAAGGACAAUCAAACAUUUAUCCCAACAUGUGUCGCGUUCACAGAAACAGGGGAGCCAUUCAUAGGCACAGCAGCGAAGAGGCAAUUGUCCACGCAUCCGGAAAGAACAGUCUGCAACUUCAGAAACCUCUUACUUAAUAAGACCGACGAUUUGGUAACUCGAACGUAUGAGGUUGUCGACAAUGGAGGGUUCCCACUCGUGCGCAUCCCACUGCGCAACAAAGUGAAGACGUUUCACCCGGAAGAAAUUGCAGGCAUCUUCUUCCAGGGGCUGAAGGAUAUGAUGCAGGAGUAUACGAAGAAGAAGGCCCACCUUGUUCUUGUCUCUGCUGGUCCGGCUGAUGACUACGAUGAAAGGGAUGUCAUCAAGAGAGCCCUGGAAAUAGGUGGCAUAAACGAAAGUCGCGUUGUUCGUGACGGUAUUUUAGGUGCCAUAGCCUACAACGUCAACGGGCAUUGGAAAAGAUUUCUUGGUUGGAACCAAUAUGAAGAAGGUUGGUUGAAUGUGCUAACCUAUGACAUCGGGGCGAGCUCUUUUCGUGUGACUGUCAUGGAGGCCGAGGACGGCGUGUAUGAGGUACUGGGCGAGUCUAAAGACAACUGGAUCAAUGGCAAUGCCAUUGACCGCGAGCUGGUGGACUAUGUGACGCAACUCCAUCCAGCGCUCAAAGAGGUCGAGUCUUCCAUCUUAACCACCGAGAUGGAGCGCGUGAAAAAGGUACUCUCCUCCAACGACACCGCGCAAUUCACCUUCGAGAUCCCAAGCACCGGACAAACCAUCCAAGACACCCUAUCCCGCGACGCCUUCAACCUCAUCCUCGCCCCAUAUAUCCCCAAAAUCAUCUCCCACAUCGACUCUGCAAUCCACGCCGCGAACCUCACAAUCUACGACAUCGGCGCCAUCAUCCCCAUCGGCGGCACCCUCAACAUCCCGGCCCUCACCUCCCUCCUGACCCACCACUUUCCCCCCACAACCACCAUCCACGACUCUAUCCCCCCGGAAUCCGUCAUACACCACGGCCUCAGGAGCAUCGCCCGCAAUAUGGACACCGACGAGUACGACGGCAUCGUCGGCAACUUCGAUACCUCACGCCUCUCCCUCGGAGUCCGCACCGCCGGCGACAUCGCUUCGCCCGUCGUCUUCCGCGUGUAUAUCCUGCCCGCGAGCGUGACGCGCUACUUCACCACCACCCACGACGACCAGUCCCGCGCCGUCAUCGAGAUGUACGAGGGCGAUAGGGCCACGGUCGCGAAUAACACCGUGGUCGCGAGGAUCGAGGUCGACGGGAUCCCGCCGGCGAAGAGGGGCGUUCCUCAAAUCGCGGUCACCAUAUCCCUCCACGACUACACUGCCGGAAACUACACAUUCAACGUAGCCCUCACCUCCCCCGCUUCCCCCUCCAUCACGGAAGGAGAACAAGGACCCUCCUUCAACCGCACCCUCACCGGCAACCUCCGUCCCCUCAACUCGACAGAACUGACCGCCAUCUUCGACGACCUGGACGCCAACAUCGCCGAAGACGAGGUCGCGAAAGCGGGGAUUCAGGCCAGGUUGGCGAAGGGAGAGGUGGAGGUCGGCGAGACGGACGUCGUGGCGGUUGGGGACGUGUGGUGGGAUGGCAGCACGAGUGGGGUUGGGGGGAGGAUCGAGCUUUGAACUGCGACUUCUUUCUAUUGAGAAAGAGAGAGAUAUAUAUAGGUAUAUAUGUAGUUUGUAUAUUUGACGUGGCUACUAAGCUAUACGUGUGUUUUGG